UAAAACUAUUUACAUUGCACGUUGCUUGAAUUCGAUGUCAACAGAGGAGCUGUACCGGUAUUUGCAACAGCACUACUGUUUAACAACCCCUCAUCCCAGUCAUGAAUAAUAUAGCUAGGAAAUGUCUUGGUCUUGCAGGAAAACCAUUGGCACUGGCAUGUCAGAAAUACGCGAGUCAGUUCUCCAUAGCUCCCUUCAGUAAUGCUAACAGUAGGUGCCCGUUGUGUGGAGAUCGCCAGCACCACGAUCGUUCUUGCCAGAACACACAUGUCUACAAGAAUUCCAGGAAAUUGUCAGCAUUCGCAGGAAAACACCAAGACUUCAUAUUUAGACAGUUGCUUGACUACAAGUCAUUUACUUACACAUACUUGCUAGCAGACACUACUACCAAGGAGGCAGUCCUUAUCGACCCUGUCAUCGAGAUGGUGGAAAGAGACUGUCAGAUUGUCAGGGACCUGGGCCUCAAUCUGGUGUAUGCCGUGAACACCCAUGUCCAUGCUGACCACAUCACGGGAACAGGGGAGAUCAGGAAACGACUGCCCACAUGUAAGAGCAUGAUAGCGGAGAUCAGCAAAGCUGCUGCUGAUAUCAAGCUGAGGGAGGGAGAUCUGAUUAAGUUUGGUGCCCAUGAGUUGGAGGUCCGCAGCACACCCGGACACACAGACGGAUGUGUGACCUAUGUGUGGCAGCAGCAAGGCAUGGCGUUUACAGGAGAUGCUAUUCUCGUGCGAGGCUGUGGACGGACAGACUUCCAGCAAGGUGAUUCCAGUGCACUGUAUGAUUCAGUACACAACAAGAUCUUUACUCUUCCUGACAAUUUCCGUCUCUUCCCAGCACACGACUAUACAGGUCAAACAGUGACCACAGUAGCUGAGGAGCGCCAGUACAACCCCCGCCUCACAAAACCCAAGCAGCAGUUCAUCAACAUAAUGAAAGACCUCAAACUGCCCUACCCUAAACAGAUAGACCGAGCAUUGCCAGCCAACAUGGUGUGUGGGGUGUUUUGAGUGGAUCCUCAUACAAUUUCCACCCAAACCAUCGUCUCAGAUCUACCACAGCCUGCAAUCGUGUCUUCUUCAUGGUCUUUACUUCUGUGUUGCAAUUCCUGAGUUUGACUUCAUUCUUUGACUUUUUCUUUAUUGUAUUCAGCUAUACAGCUGCCAGGGUUACUUGAUGCAGGCUGAAUCAAACAGCAAUAGCAGUCUAUUUGUACUGUGCUUUUCCCAUGCUAGUAUGUUCAUCUGUGAACGUUCAAGUUUUUCACAUCUAAGAAACCUAAACUCAUAAUAAAUCAUCCCACAGAGGAUUUUUAGAAUAAUUAUGAUAUAAAAUUUAAUAAAGAAAUCAUAUUGGAAAUGCAAUUAUUACUCCACAAUAAAAUUAUUUGUUUAUAAAAAUGUAAAACAAAUGUGAGUCACAAAAUAUUUUGUCAAGGCAUCUGUGUAUAUUAGAUGACAAUAGUACUGUUUUGAUUUUUCAGUUUACAUAUUUGACCCACUGGAGUGAAAAACCAAGUUUAGUAGAAAAUUUAUCUUCCCGAGGCAAGAGAGUUAACUGGUAAUAGCCACUGGUGACGCUACGGUCGAGCCCAGUAAUUCCAGCCUAGUUCGGCUAGGGUGAAAACUGGACUUUUAUUAUCAGUUAACUCACUUGCCUCGGAAAGAUGUAGAAAAUAUAGAUACCUCACAGCUUUAUCUUCAUGAUCUUUGAUGAAUUUAGAAAAUAAAAAUAAUGAAAAUUUCAA